GGGCUCUCCUGGUUUUUAAAAAAACUUUUGACAGGAGGAGGAGGAGUACUGGCUGAUGAAAACAAUAAGGUGGGGAGAAGUGCUUUAAGUGGACUUAGUGGGAAGUCGGGAGACCUGAAUUCUGGUUCUGGAUCUGCCACUAAAUGGAUUUAGGGAAUAUCCCAAUGUUUCUGAGCUUCAACUUAGAAUUAUGAAAAAUGAGAGUUGGAAGUAGAUGGUAUCUGAACUCUUUCUGAUCCAUUCUGGGUACCAGUUCUUCCCCGGAAAUGAGUUUAGUAAAUGUAUAUAGUAAGGAGGGGAGCGGGCAGGAGGAGGAGUGGGCCUGCGUUCGCACCCCUAAAUUCAGAAAUACCCUCUCCAAAAUCCAAUGCCUCCUGCAUUGGUCCCCUCUUAGUCACCCUUCGCCUCGGGGCCUUGCGAGUGACUUAACCCCACAGCCCUGAGAGCCUACCCUGUUGGGUGGGACGGUACGGUUUGUGUCACAGGAGUCUUUGACACCGCACCACGUAACAAUGCGACUAAUGCACAGGGGAGCCCCUGCCUAGCUAGGGCCCUCCACUCCCACCAGAAAGGCCCUUGGAGGCCGCAGUGGUUGGGAUGUCGCACUUGUGCGAGUGUCCUCUGCGGCUGGAGAAGAGCUUCGUCUUGGACGGCGUGGCGGUGAGCACCAAGGCCCGCGCCCAUGAGCGCCUGAGGCCCAAGCUCUGGUCGGCGAUUCCGCCCUACAACGCCCAGCAGGAUCACCACGCCCGCCGGUACUUCCAGAGCCACGUGGUUCCGCCCAUUCUGCGGAAAACCCAACAGGAUCACGGUGGCACAGGAAGAGACGGCUGGAUAGUGGAUUAUUUCCACAUUUUUGGGGAAGGACAGAGAUACCUGAACAGGAGAAACUGGGCAGGGGCAGGGCAUUCCCUCCAGCAGGUGACUGGGCAUGAUCACUACAAUGCUGAACUGAAAACGAUCAAGGGGUUCAAUGGUCGGUUUGGCUAUCGCCGGAACACCCCAGCCCUCCGCCAGCGCCCGUCUGUCUUUGGAGAGGUCACCCAAUUCCCUCUCUUCUAACAGCAUCUCUUUCCUUCCCACCCCUUGACCUGAAUAGAAGACGGAUGUUUAGAUGAAUUCUUAAUGCUAUUUAUAUAUAAACAAUGAUGUUAUUUGUGCC